GCGAACGCUCACCGAUCGGUAUUUUGAGAGUCGCGCGCGUGUAACAGCGCGUGGUGUGUUUGAUCGGCGUCGCCAUGGGAACGGGCCACAGUUUGUUGACGGGACGGGACUGUCCAUCACCGAAAAUCAGACGGCCUGCAAAGUUGACCGCAAAAAUGGGCGACGACGAGACAUUCUCUUGGGUGUUCGAAUCUUUGGUGGGAUUUCUGAAAGGCCCUGUUUGGGAAGCUGCAGUGCUCACGUACAUCGAAAAGAAAUCCGUUGUAUUUGAUCCAGUUGAAGGAAAUGAAGAUGAAUACAAAAAACUUCAUAAUGAAUACAAAAAUUUAGUGGAUACAAUGCUGAGUAGUCACAUGGAAGAUCUAGGUAUAGGCCCGGAAGAAUUCGAAAGGGCUUGUAGCGAAACUGAGAGGAAUAUUCAUUCUCAAUUUCGUAAGAGCUUAUUUGAGCAAUUGUGGGCUGCGGAUGAUUACGAGAUAUUCAAAAGAAUGAUGACGCAGAAGAAUUUGGAACUGCAGCUCCAGGCCCUGGAUCUUCUGGCACACCAGUACGGCCUACUACCUGAAUCUUUCCUUCCGGGAGAGGACUACGAGCCCUCUGACGAAGAAAAAAACAUCAUGGAGACGGUUAUGAAGCGAUACGUGGAAGAAAAUUCGGGCGAAAUGAAGGAAAUUCCUCAAUCUUUAGAACAGAAGGAAGUUAUUCAAGCCACUAAAGCUCAUUUACAAGAAGAAAGGCAAAGAGAAAUAAAACGAAUGGAAAAGGCUAUCGAUUCUUCCCUGCACGACACUUCUGUGAGGAUGGAAUACGAAAAACCACUAGAAAUCACAAAAAUGACAGAGGUUUCACAGGAGGAAGCCAGACGUCGUCAAGAGUACCUGAAGCAGCAGAGAGACAAACUGCUAGCCCUGAAGAAACAGGAGAGAGAAAAGCUUCUUCAGAACUACGAAAAGAGCUCGUCCGAUCGACCCCGGUCGGCGAGGGCGGCGAAGAGGAUGGUGGAAGAGGAACAGACGGAUGCAGACGUCGAUCCCAAAGUCCUGGCUUUUCGGAAAUCCUUGGCGGCGAAACUCAAGGCCGAAGUUGUGGAUCAGAAAUGAGAUGAAGAUGGAUGCCGCUUCUGAAUUGUACAUUUCAUGACUAAAUUUCCGAACAAAUGUUUAGAACUUAUUUAGUGUUUUUGCUUAACUAUUGCAAUAUUACUCAAUAUUAUUCGCCCAUAUUUAUUGAAAAUUGUACUCCGAUUAAAAAUAUUUUUCCAUUUGAUGUAUAAGAAUGAAUUGUCGCUUUAAAAGAAAGCUGCGAAUGCAUGCUAACGAAAUGCACUAAACGAAAGCAUCAAACUAUAUUCUGUACUAUUCUGAAUCUGAGAGAACAUUCGCCUUUUUCAUGUGCAUAUUCAUAUUUUUUAACUAUGUUUAAUGUGUUUUUAGUAGAUAAUAAGUAUUUUUAGCCCAUACUAUGUUUAUAAAUGUCGAAAUGUAAUUUUUAAAAAUAAUAAAAAUUAU